AUGUUCGUGCGGCUCUGGCUCAGGAGCUUCCACAUCUAUGACCUGCUCCUCGCCAUCGGGCUGAUCACCCUCAUCGUGUUCUUGUGCCUUCCCUUCCGGUUUGCCUCCCACUACGAGUACAUCGAGGAAUCGGGGAUUGAGAAGGCUCUGCUGAAGCAGGUGACCAGGAAUGUGUCUCAGCAGGAGGUCUUCGAAUGCGACUACUCGGAGAUCAUUGCCGAGAACAGGUUCGUCUACCACCUGGCCCACUACCACUACUCGGUGCAGAGGGGCGCGGAAAUUCAUCUUGGAGGCGAGUUCCGUCCAGAAGGAUGUCAGGCACGCUACAGCACCGCCAUCAUUGUGCCGUACAGGAACCGCGAGGAGCAGCUGCACGCCUUCCUCACCUACAUGCACAAUUACCUAUCCCAGCAGUUAAUCCACUAUCGGAUUUUCCUGGUCGAGCAGAUCGAUCACAAGCCCUUCAACAAGGCGAUGCUCUUGAAUAUUGGCGCCCAGGUGGCUGCCGAGUAUGGAUUCCCGUGCCUGAUCCUCCACGACGUGGACCUGUUGCCCCUGAACUCGGGUCAGAUAUACGCCUGCACCGAGCGACCACGGCACAUGUGCUCUGCCUUAGAUCACUGGCGUUUCCACCUGCCCUAUCGCGGUCUGUUUGGCGGCGUGGUGGCCAUCAACACCGUCCAGUUCCAGCAGAUAAACGGGAUGUCCAAUCUGUAUCACGGCUGGGGUGGCGAGGACGACGAUCUCUACGAGCGUCUACGAGCAAAGAACAUUGAUAUCUGUCGAUUUGCGAUGGAGUUCAGUCAGUACACCAUGCUGAAGCACAAGCCGGAGCAGCCCAAUGCCAACCGGGUGGCGCUCCUGAGGGCGGCGACUUUGCGCCAGCCUUUUGACGGACUCAACUCGCUGGUGUACAAGAAGGUGGAGAGAAGACUGCACAGAUUGUUCACCCUCAUCCUGGUAGUGACCUGA